AUGGCGACAGACACUCCGCCAGCGGCGGCCACGGCCGACCAAGAGCAGGACAUCAAUCCCUGGUCGGUGCAGGGCGGCGUAGGCGCAAACGGCGAGGUUGUCGCAAUCAACUACGAGGCCAUUAGCAAAAAGUGGAGCACAAGCCUGGUCGACGAGGCCCUCCUCGAGCGCUUCGAAAGGGUCACCGGACACAAGCCGCAUCGCUGGCUGCGGCGCGGCCUCUUCUUCAGCCAUCGUGACUUUGACCGCAUCCUGACCCGGUAUGAGCGCGGCGAGCCGUUCUUCCUGUACACCGGUCGUGGCCCCAGCUCGGGCAGCCUGCACCUGGGCCACACGAUCCCGCUGCAGUUCACCAAGUGGCUGCAGGACGUCUUCGACGUACCACUCGUCUUCAUGUUGACGGAUGACGAGAAGGCCCUCUUCCGGGACGGCUUGGCCUUUGAAGACACGCUGCAGUUCGGUCUCGACAAUGCGCGGGACAUUAUCGCCCUCGGCUUCGACAUCAAGAAGACGUUCAUCUUCAGCGACCUGCAGUAUGUGGGAGGUCACUUCCUGAUGAACGCCUGGGAGUUCUCGCGGCUGGUCACCUUCAACCAAGUCCGCGGCGCGUUCGGAUUCAACGAAAGGAUCUUCUUCCCCUCGGUCCAAUGCGUUGCAGCAUUCGCUACUUCCUAUCCAGAGCUCUGGUCAGAUGUCCCGGCAGCCGAGCGCUCAAAGGAGGUUGCCAGCUGGCAAUGUCUGAUUCCCAUGGGCAUCGACCAGGACCCGUAUUUCCGUCUCCUUCGCGAUAACACUCACCGCAUGCGGUACCCGUCGCCAAAACCGGCACUCAUUCACUCCAAGUUCCUCACUGCCCUGCAAGGUGCUGGCGGCAAGAUGUCGUCGUCGAACCCCAAUUCUGCCAUCUUCAUGACGGACACUGCCAAGCAGAUCAAGACAAAAAUCAACAAGUAUGCAUUCAGUGGCGGACAGGCCACUCUCGAGGAGCAUCGCGAGAAGGGCGGCAACCCCGAUGUGGAUGUGGCAUAUAUCUACCUGACCUACUUUGAGGAGGAUGAUGAGAAGCUCGCCAAAGUCUAUGAAGAUUACAAGAAGGGUGAGUUGUUGACGGGCGAACUCAAGAAGCUGGCCAUCGAAACUCUGCAGAAGUACGUGGAGGAGUUCCAGGAGCAGAGAAAGCUCGUGACGGACGAGGUGUUGAAAUCGUAUAUGACACCACGGAAGCUCGUGUGGGGUGGAAACCCGAACCCGAAACCGGUGCCGAAGCCAGAGCCGGCAGCCAAAGGGAAGGCAAAGGGCAAGGGCGAGACGGUCCUGCCAGACAGGACAAAGGAGCAGUAG